AGUGGGGAGUGGGGAGGGAGGUUGUUGUCACUAUAAAAGGGUGACAUGAGGGAUCCUGGCAUUGCUGCUCUAUAUCUUGACCGUAUCAAUGUCAAUAUCCUGAUUGUUAUAUUGUAACAUAGUCCAGCACAAUGGUUUUCAAUACAGUGAGUGUGAAUAGAACCACACUCACUGUGUGUAAAUUUAAACACAGACACACACAAUUCCAUAGGGAAGGUAGGGGAUGAGUCCAGGUAUUUUCAAAAGGCUCAUCAAAUUAUUUUCUGCUCACACACACACCCUGAGGGCCCCAGGGCUGUAGGCCUUUAGAGACAUUAGAUAUGGAAGGGUAAGCAGGAGAGUUCCAUUUUAGCAGAAUGGCAAAAUGAAGGAUUAGAUGGGGGGAAACUAUAUAGAGGACGCCUUACAAAGAGGCUAUAGCAAUAGUGCAAACAAGGGAGGAUGCAGAUGUGUGCUACAGUGCCAGCUAUGGGAGCAGAGACCUGUUAGGUUUAUGUCAUGAAGAAGGAGCUUACUCCUCAAUCCAGCUUCUUAGUUCAAUAUUGACAACAAUCCCUAAAGUCCACAGUUGGAGAAAGGACACAUUUCUAGGUCUGCAAUAAAAUAAUUACAUGUUUUUGCCUUACAAAAUUACAAGAGAGCACCACCAUCCCUUUCCUGGUGGUCCAUGCUCUUUCUUUCUCUGAGGCACGAUAGUUCCAUAAGGACCUGAUGAGGCUUUAUCAACACCCUCCGCUGCCCUAUCUCCCAAGUCUCCUAUUUUCCCUGAAACGUACUUGGAAUUCAGAUUUUAAACCAUGUACCUAGACAAGGCUGCUUCUCCCCUAGUCCCGGCCCAACUUCCUCCCUGCCUGGAGCCCGGAAGGCAUACCUGGACAGGGACACAGCACGACACUCUGCUGUGACCUCUCUGGCCACAGCUUCUCAUCAGUCAGCGGUCACCUGUCAUGAGCAGUAUUCAAAACCAGGAACCAAGGUGUGGUCUGAGCUUCUUUAAGCUCAAGGGUUUGGGGGUUCCUGGUGAUUCCCCAGAGAAGAGUCCAGAAGAGCAAGAUGGAAGGGGGGUGGCCUCUGAGAGGCGGAUUCCUCCUCUGCCUCACUGUCAGCCUUCUACUUCAAGGAAGGGCAAACGCUUUCACCAUCAAUUGCUCAGGCUUUGACCAGUAUGGGGUGAACCCUGCUGUCCUCCAGGCUAUCUUUGACCAGAAGGACUUCCGUCCGUUCAUCAACUACAGCAUCCCCACUCAUGUCAACAUCUCCUUCACCCUGUCUGCCAUCCUGGAAGUGAAUGUACAACUUCAGCUGCUGACGUCAUUUCUGUGGGUAAAGAUGAUUUGGAAUAACCCAUUCAUCAGCUGGAACCCAAAAGAAUGUGGUAAUAUCAAUAAAUUCGCUGUGACAGCUGAGAAUCUGUGGCUCCCAGACAUCUUCAUCGUGGAAUCCACGGAUGUGGAUCAGAUCCCAGAAGGCCUCUCUGCAUAUAUGACUCACGAAGGUGACAUCGUGUAUAACAAACCAGCACGGAUCACCAGUGUCUGUAGCCUGGACAUCUUCUACUUCCCCUUUGACCAGCAGAACUGCACGCUCACCUUUAGCUCUUUCAUCUACACAGCGGAAACCAUGUCACUGGGCAUGGACAGGGAAGUGUGGGAGAUAGUGGACACCUCGCGUGACAUUGUUUUCAGGCAAGGGGAGUGGGAGCUCCUGGGUAUCAGCAAGGCCACCCUGAAGACGUUUGUGGGCUCCAGACUUUUUGACCGGAUCGCGUUCUUUUUGGCCAUCAGGCGCAGGCCCAGCCUCUACGUCAUAAACCUUCUGGUGCCCAGCAGCUUUCUGAUAGCCAUCGACGCCCUCAGCUUCUACCUGCCGGCAGAAAAUGAGAAUCGUGCUCCAUUCAAGAUAACCCUCCUGCUGGGCUACAACGUCUUCCUGCUCAGGAUGAGCGACUUGCUCCCUGCCAGUGGCACCCCCCUCAUCAGUGUCUACUUUGCACUGUGUCUGUCCCUGAUGGUGGUCAGCCUGCUGGAGACCAUCUUCAUCACCCACCUGCUGCACCUGGCCACCACCCAGCCCCCACCCAUGCCUCGGUGGCUCCAUUCCCUGCUUCUAUACUGCACCGGCUCAAGGAGAUGCUACCCCACUGCACACCAGAAGGAAAACAAGGGCCUGGGCCUCACCCCCUCCCACCUGCCUGGCCUGAAGGAGCCGGGAGAGUUGGUAGGGAAGGAGCCGGGACCCAGAGAGGCAAAGCGAAAUGGGGGCUCAGAAUUGACAAGGGCCCAGCUAACUGACCUGUGGAUGGAGUUCGGCUGCAGGAUGGACACCUUCCUCUUCCGCCUCUACCUCCUUUUUUUGGCAUCCUCUGUCAUCACAGUCAUCGUCCUCUGGAACACCUAGGAAUCAACAUUGCGGGGGCGCCCCAUGUUCAGGUUUCUUUGGCUUCAAAUGACCAUCCCAGACCCUGUUCCUCUGCUGCAAUCUGCAUACACAGUUCCAACUAUGCCCCUGACUCCUGCUCCAGCCCUUCCUGCACUUAAACAGAACUGCUGACUAGCUCAGAAGUG